AUGACAUCCUCCCAGCUGUCUUCUGAGCUAUCGGUCACUGGCUGCAUCACUCCAAGCUCCACAGAAGAUGAGUCAACAUAUUCUUCAGACAUGUCCUUUGUGGGUUUAUCUCAUCCUGCCUCCGACACGGGGACCACAGAUAUGCCCAGUCUGGCACGAUCUUCUGGCCUAACUCAGGCUUUGCAAAGAAGAGCUAUAGCUCAGCCUGAAGAUGGUACUGAAAUACCCAGCUGGAACUCUGCUCCAUCGAGAAACCUUAGCCUUUCAAUGACGGUGUCAGGACAACACCGGGACUGUUUCGGCCCUUUGUUUACUGACUCAGGGAAGAUUGCCCAGAGUCUUGGAUAUGUGGAGAAUCAUAGGACACGUUCUGCUUAUGAGGACUACCAAAAGUCUGCAUCCAGCGCUAUUGGAAAUUUGAAGAUUGCUGAAGUUGAUUCCGGCGGUCAUUUUAUAAAGAUCCUGAACUGUGCCCCUGAAAAGGAGGAAAGCAUUGGGAAUUACCUGUUGAAGCAGGACGUCCAAGGCCAAGCAGUGGCUGUAUUUCGCUUUCCCCCCGAGACCAGGAUGGGGCCCAACUCCACCGUGACAGUUUGGGCCACAGAUGCUACAGUGCUUCACAAACCUCCCUCAGAUUUUCUUUGGAAGGACCUGGAGAGAUUUAGGACAAGCCUUGACUGUGCCACCAUUCUCUGUGAGCCUGAUGGUCAAGUGAGCGCUCUGAGCAAAAUCACUAUAUUUCCUUAACCAGACAGCUCUAUCAUUGGACUGCCUUCAGAGAUUGAGGAUCAUUCUGCUAAAGACCUGUAGAAUCAAGCACAAGCAAUCCAAACACAGCAAAGCUGUGAUGUUAAUUACUAGGAUCUGAAGGACCGAAGAAAAACAGCAGAUUGACAACACCACUUGUUGAAUGAAAAGCUAACAUCCUCACAGCAAUUGAAGCAGGGGCUCCACAAGCGUGAAUUGCCAGCCCACUGUCCCCCUCCACUGUUUCAGCCAUGAAAGAUCCAGCUACGCCCAGGGCUAUUCAGCCUAUGGCUGCCCAUUAGUAACUGCCAUCAGCUUGGCAACUGUGUUAAAUAUUUUUAGGCAAACUUCUGUUGACUUGGGGAUGAGAAAGAGCUCAAGAUCAUUUUUUUACCCUAUGGUUGUCCAGUGGCAACUAUGGUUUUGGUAAUUUUUAGCUAGAUAAACUUGAACUAGUGACAAUAGCCUGGGAUUUUCACAAACGGUAAAUUAUACAGCUUCCCCAAGGUAGUGUAAUUUACACCUUACAAAUGAUUAAGUGAAUGUUGACUUUUGGUCUCAUCUUUUCAUGUUUACUCCUCUUCUAGCUCAGUUUGUCCAUACUUGCUAUUUCACCAGUGCCAGGGAAUCAGAGGCUGAAAGAGAACUUGAGGCGUCAUUACCUCUGCCAGGAUUGCUCCUGGCUGUGGCUUGCCUAGGUAGUUCUGGAAGACCUUCAGUAACAGAGACUCCACCAUGUCCCCAGGCAAUCUGCAUGAGCGCCUCACUCUCUGUAUGCUUAGAAAGGCUUUCCUAGUGCCUAAACUGCACUUCUUCUGCCUCCAUGUUAGUCCUUUCCUUCUUGUCCUAUCCACUGUGGACAUGGAGAAUAUUUUUCUUCCUUCAGCAGUCUUUAACAUACUUGCAGAAUUGUCAUGUCCUCUUUUGUCUCCUUCUCUGUCUGGUUUACUUAAUUGGAGUAGUGGAAUUUCAAGGCUUUUAGAUGAUGAAUCUACCCUAAAUAUAUUUAAAGACUGAAAAUGGAUUUUAAAGACCAAAGAAAAAAAUCUG